AUGAAUACUACUACCUCGCCCCCGACGUUGAACCACGUCCUCAACCUCACCCUGACGACGACCGCGGUGCUCGACGCCGGCGCGACCCCUCGCGGCCGGAUCAGCUGGGUCGAAACGCCCUCGGGGGAACUGACGACGCCGGCGGGCGAGAAGAUCGCCUCCGUCAUCCCCGGCGGCGGCGACUACUUCACACGACACGUCGACGACCUGACCAUCGAGGUCGACCUGCGGGUCAUUGCGCAGACGGAGCCGGACCCGGCGACGGGGUCGACUACGCUGUUCAAGUUCCACUGCGUCGGGUACGAUAAGCUCACCGGGCCCAUCAUGAGCGCCUUGGACGGCGCUGUUGCCCCGGCCCCGGACACAGAUGCAGACGCUGCCAAAGCUGCGGCUGGUCCUCCCACCAAUGAAGAAGCAGGGAUGCCCUCGGCGCUAUACGGCACCGAGGUGCUCUGGUGCAACACCUCCAGCAGGGAGUACUGGUGGAUGAACUUUGCCGUGCUGGUCGCCAAGGUCGCGCUGAUUCUUGGGCCUGGGGGAGUCGAGAAGGUAGAAUAUGCGAUUUACCAGGUCGUUGUGUGA